CGGCGAGACUCCGGGAGGGGAAGGAGCAGCGGGGAGGGGGGUGAGGUGGGUGGCUGAACCCGGAAGUGGGUAGGCGCUGGAGCGAGCGCGCCCAGAGUGGAGUCAGCGGCUAGAGCCAGCGGGGGAGCCCUGGGUUCCCGACCAUGAAACCCUCAGGCACCCCUGUCCAGAAGCUGUUGUCCAAGACAAUCUAGUUUUCCUUUAUGAAUCUCUUAAGACACUUAUGAAGUUUCUUGUUCUGAAAUUGCUGUACUGCAAUGAAGAAAAGGAGAAAGGUUACUUCAAAUCUUGACGAGAAGAUCCAUCUUGGCUAUAAAGAUUCUUCGGAAGGAAAUGUUGCAGUGGAAUGUGACCAAGUGACCUGUACUCACUCUACAGAGAGACCUACAACUGAAGCUCUGCACUGUUAUCAGGAACUUCCUCCCUCUCCAGAUCAGAGAAAGCUUUUGAGUUCUUUGCAGUAUAAUAAGAAUUUGCUAAAGUAUUUAAAUGAUGAUAGACAGAAACAACCAUCUUUCUGUGAUUUACUUAUCAUAGUAGAAGGAAAAGAAUUUAGUGCACAUAAAGUAGUUGUUGCUGUUGGCAGUAGUUAUUUUCAUGCCUGUUUGAGCAAAAAUCCAAGCACUGAUGUUGUCACUCUGGAUCACGUAACACAUUCAGUUUUUCAGCAUUUGCUUGAAUUUCUUUACACAUCAGAAUUUUUUGUGUACAAAUAUGAAAUACCUCUUGUUUUAGAGGCUGCAAAAUUUUUGGACAUUAUAGAUGCAGUAAAGCUGCUAAAUAAUGAAAAUGUUGCCGCUUUUCAAUCAGAGCUAACUGAAAAGUCAUCACCAGAAGAAACACUAAAUGAAUUAACUGGAAGAUUAUCAAAUAAUCAUCAGUGCAAAUUCUGCAGUAGACAUUUUUGUUACAAAAAGUCUUUAGAAAAUCAUUUGGCUAAAACUCAUAGGUCCCUUUUGUUAGGGAAAAAACAUGGGUUAAAAAUGCUGGAGAGAAGUUUUUCUGCAAGAAGAUCAAAAAGGAAUCGGAAGUGCCCUGUUAAGUUUGAUGAUACCAGUGAUGAUGAACAAGAAAGUGGUGAUGGGUCAGACAAUUUGAAUCAAGAAAGUUUUGAUAAGGAAAAGUCAGAUAAAAAUGAUUCUGAGGAUCCUGGAAGUGAAUAUAAUGCUGAAGAAGAUGAACUAGAGGAGGAAAUGUCAGAUGAAUACUCUGACAUUGAAGAACAAAGUGAAAAAGAUAAUGAAGCAGAAGAGGAACCUGAGGCUGGUGAUUCUGUAGGAAGCAUUCACGAGGGGUUAACUCCAGUAGUCAUUCAGAACAGUAACAAAAAAAUAUUGCAGUGUCCUAAAUGUGAUAAAACAUUUGACCGAAUAGGGAAAUACGAAAGCCACACCCGUGUACACACAGGUGAGAAGCCCUUUGAGUGUGAUAUUUGUCACCAGCGUUAUUCGACAAAGUCUAACCUAACUGUUCACAGAAAGAAGCACAGUAAUGAAACAGAAUUUCAUAAGAAGGAGCACAAGUGCCCUUAUUGUAAUAAACUUCAUGCAAGCAAGAAGACUUUAGCCAAGCAUGUUAAGAGAUUUCAUCCUGAAAAUGCACAAGAAUUUAUUUCCAUCAAGAAGACUAAGAGUGAAAGUUGGAAAUGUGAUGUAAGGGUUUUUAAUUUAAACAUCCUAGCAAAACAUAGUCCUUUUCCAUGUGAUAUAUGUGGACGUCAGUUCAAUGACACUGGAAAUUUGAAACGCCACAUAGAAUGUACUCAUGGUGGAAAAAGAAAAUGGACUUGCUUUAUUUGUGGAAAAUCAGUACGAGAAAGAACUACUUUGAAAGAACAUUUGAGAAUCCAUAGUGGAGAAAAGCCUCAUCUUUGUAGUAUUUGUGGACAAAGUUUUCGUCAUGGAAGCUCAUACAGGCUUCACUUACGAGUACAUCAUGAUGACAAAAGAUAUGAGUGUGAUGAAUGUGGAAAAACAUUUAUUCGUCAUGACCACCUUACAAAGCACAAAAAAAUACAUUCAGGUGAAAAGGCUCAUCAGUGUGAAGAAUGUGGAAAAUGUUUUGGUCGUAGGGAUCAUCUCACUGUUCAUUACAAAAGUGUGCACCUUGGUGAGAAAGUGUGGCAAAAAUAUAAAGCAACUUUUCAUCAAUGUGACGUUUGUAAGAAAAUUUUUAAAGGAAAAUCAAGUCUGGAAAUGCAUUUUCGGACACAUUCAGGUGAAAAACCAUACAAGUGUCAAAUUUGCAAUCAAUCUUUUAGAAUUAAAAAAACCUUAACAAAACACCUGGUUAUUCAUUCUGAUGCCCGACCUUUCAACUGUCAGCAUUGUAAUGCAACAUUUAAGCGGAAAGACAAACUGAAAUACCAUAUUGACCACGUUCAUGGGAUAAAAUCUCCUGAUGAUCCUCUCAGUACUUCUGAGGAAAAACUUGUGUCCUUGCCGGUAGAGUACUCAUCUGAUGAUAAAAUCUUUCAAACAGAAACAAAACAAUAUAUGGACCAGCCCAAAGUUUAUCAACCAGAAGCCAAGACUAUGUUACAGAAUGUAUCUGCUGAAGUGUGUGUUCCAGUAACAUUGGUUCCAGUUCAGAUGCCUGAAACUCCCAGUGACCUGGUGCAUCAUACUACCACACUCCCACCAUCUUCUCAUGAGAUUCUGUCACCACAGCCACAGUCAACUGAUUAUCCACGUGCAGCUGAUUUAGCUUUCCUGGAAAAAUAUACUCUUACUCCUCAACCUGCAAAUAUAGUUCAUCCAGUCCGACCUGAACAAAUGCUAGAUCCUAGAGAACAGUCUUACCUUGGAACAUUACUAGGCCUUGAUAACACUACUGCUGUUCAGAAUAUUUCUACUAAUGAGCAUCAUUCAUGAGUAAACAUUCCACAGACUUUAUGAUGGUUAUGUGCUAAAUGGUAGCUAAAACCUGGUGGCUUUUAAGCUAGUAGGGCUGCUAUUUUUUCAUUUUUUGUAGUUUCUCAAGUCCUCAGAACAGUUUCAGAUCAAGAAAACAGUGUGUCUCUGUUGACUGAAUACAUGAAUAUUUGGACAUAAUUUGGCAUAAUAUUUGAAGUAAACAUUUUUGUGAUUUUUUUUAAUGGUUAGUGCUAAUUUUUAGUGGGUUCUUGAACUUUUCAGAAUUAGCUACUGACAUUAUGGGGAUUUUUUUUUUAAUCAUCAGUGGAAAGUUUUAUUCUUUAGCCUUAUAUCUUUUCUUCUUUCCCCAUUUUACAAACAAGUUUAAGAACCAUGUAGCUCUUAAGAAAGAAUGUAGAAGUAUACUGAUAAUUUCUUAUCCUAACUUAUCUACAUUUUUAAUUGAAAUUAAGAAUUUGAAUAUAUAAGAAAGUCUUGGGUAUAUUUGUGAUGUCUUGCCAUCUAUUCAUAACUUCAGGUAUAAUAAUCCUUCAGACUUUUGACAUACUCAAAGCCAGAAGCUAAUUUAUAUAAGAUUAGCGUGUUAAAAGAAAUGUUGGAUUGAAAUCAUAAUCCAUAUAUUCAGGUUUUGCCUUUACUUGAGUUAUUAUGAAUAAUAAAUGCAAACAUUGAUCUACGCAUUAAAUUAUACAAGUUAAAAAUGUGUUAGAUGAAAAAUAUGACAGCCUUAACUAGAUAUCUCCAAGGUAAGUUAACCUUUUGAACUUUUUUUGUCAUUUAUUUCAGGAACAUUAACAAUAUGUCAUAGCAUAUAUCUUCCUCUCAUUAAUGAAGGAGCAGUUAUGACUAAUUAGUGACACAAUUGAAUGCACUACUUUUGAGUUUCAUUUACUUUGACAGAUUAAAAGUGGGAUAAAGAACCUGCUUACUUCAUGUAUAAUCAUUAGAAAAGAUGCCAAACAAAUUCUAAAAUUUGCACCUACUUUACUUUAAUUGAAUGAAGCUACUACUUGUUUACAGAUUCACAUACAAUCCAGAUCUUUAUUUUUGCUUUCAUAAUUAGCGGAAUGUUUAUAAUUAUCCUUGAUUCUUAUUUUUUUAUGAGACACAAGUUGAGGACUUGGAGAAAAGAAAUAGCAGUUAACAGUGAAAGCUCACUGAUUGAAGUUGAGGAAAAACAUUGAAAUUAUAGAAUACCUUUAAAGAUAUGCACUUUCCAUAUUUUCAAGUCAAUUUAAACUUAUACUAGGAUAAUGUUUCCUAGUAGGAUUGCUUGAGGAUUAGACUGGACAGGGUUGAUUUAUUAUUGAUUUACCAUUUAUCUGUAAACUACUGGAAAAUAGCAGUUCUCAAAGUUUUCCAUUUUAAUUUUGUUUACACUCCCAAUUGCUUUAAGCACUUUUUUGUGUGUAAACUGUAAAGUCUGGCCUGGCCCUUGUGAAUAAGAAAAUCACAAAUAAAAUAAUGAACUUUUAGUGAAUAAAAUUUAACCAGUUAGUAGCGGAAGAAACUGAUGAAGCACUUAAGAAAUGAAGGUACUUUAUAGGAAAAUUUGCCAUGUUAGUGAUAAUAAAAACAAAAAAAAAAUGUUGAGAAUUGAAGCAUUUAACCAAAGUAGUUCAUAUAAAUAAUAAAACCAACCUGAGUUUUGCCUCAUUUAUUAAGGUUUAGUUAUAAUUAUCUUAGGACCAGUAGACAUAAUUACUAUAUUAUCUCUUCUUUCUAAAGCAUUCUCAUUUACUUUAUGUGGAAAUGUUAUACCUGGGGUACUUACAUGAUUGAGCUUGACUAUAAGGUACUGUUAGUCUAGUCUUUCAGAUUGACUGUUAAAAAUACAUCUUUAUGAUUUUUAUUAUAAAGACUGACAAGAUUUUAACUAAAAAUCUUAACUGUAAUAAAAAAUAAAUCAUACCUAAAAAUAUACUUUGCCUUAUAUAUAAGCUAAUAUAGAAAAAUUUGGACUCACAAAAAGGCAAAUGGUAUAUAUAUAUAUAUAUGUGUAUGUAUAUGGUGUAUUGUAUAUUUGGUGGCCAAAAAAGAGAGGAUAUUGCAUUUUCACAUUGAAAAGAAUACUUUGCUGUUUGAAGGUAUUUACUUUAGGGUUCUUUUAAUAAUGUUCUAAUGUUUUAAAUAUAUGGUAUAAUUGUAGGGAUUGGUUUACAUAGAACUUUUCUGAGAAACAUCUCUUAUGUAAAGUGAAAUACAAUUGUAUAAUUGUAUUUAGUUAUUAUUGAAGAUAACUUAAACUUGAAUAGUGGUUUACUGUUUUCUAAAAUGCUUUCACUUAUUAUCUCAUUUGAACCUCAUAACCAGCUCUGAAAUAGAAAGGACAUGUUGUAUUCCCAUUUUGUAGAGAAAGAAUCGGAGGUUAAGAUGAAAGGACUCAUUUAAAUUCAUGUGAUCAGUAAGUUGCAGAGUUACCAAUAGAAAAGAAGAAAGGUGGCAUUAAUGGUGGCUUACUAUGUGCCAGGGAUUACAUUCCCUCACUUAACUGUAACCCUGUCUGGUAGAGAGUUUAAUUCUUAUGAAAAAACAACAAAAAGAAAACUAAUCUGCUGCCUUGAAUUUCCAGAAAUAUAAGAAAUUUUGAAAUUGGGAAAACCUCAUGGAUUUGGGCAAACUGAAUGUAUGUAAGCUUUUGCAUUGAGCACAAAAAGCAUAAAAUGAAGCCUACUCUUUUCAGUUUACCUUUCUAUAACCCUGUAAUCCAUUUUAUUUUAUAACUAUCCUUAAAAUUUUGACUUAAGUUUAGCCUUAUUGAGAAUUGUUAUUUUAUAAACAUAAUUUAUUGUUUUAAGUUAAUUUUUUAGCAGAUAGCAAUUAGCACUUAGUCUGUAAAUUGAAUAAUUUAUCAAGUGCAGAAAUUUAUUAACCUAAUCUGUUUUGACUUAAAUGCACCAAAGAUUUUUAGUAGGUAUUAAAUAGUCUUAAAAAUUUUAAAUUCUUUGUUGUUUGAAUAAGUAUUUGUCCAAAGAAGCACAGUUGAAGUCCUAGAAAUAUGGGUUUAAAGAAAAAACAAACAAAAAAACUAGUUUGAAUACUGAGAUUAAGUAUUAAAUGUUUGUGUUUAUAUGUAUAACAAUAAAAACAGACAAAAAUACUCUGGGAAUAGUAUACUGACAAACCAAUUAUAAGUAAGCAUACUCAGUUUUCUUAAGUUUAAUUGAAUGUUGUUUUUAGUGAACACUAUCAAAUGCUAAAUAAUCUUUAUUUUUUACACUACGUUAUCAAAAUAAUUUUUGCCUUAGAAAUUUUUGGGGGGUUAAGUUGUUAUUUUUAUAUAUAUAUAAAAAAACCCACCUAUUUUUUGCAGCCUAAAAUACCAUUUGAGAUUAGGAUUUGUUCCUCAUACCAGCAAGACAUAACCAGUAACUAUAAGGUAAUAGUUUUUGCAUACUUUUGAGUAAUUUAGACAUUCAUUGCUGAGAAAAGAGGAGUAGCAAAAGUAGGGUUUUAAAUUGGUGCUUUAGUGAGUGAUUUUCUUUUAAGUGAUGGUAGGUCAAGAAAUAAUUACAAAUGUUCUGUGAAACUUAAAGUGUCCAAACAUGUUUGCAGAGUGACCAUAAAAUAUUAGUUAAGGGCUAAUAAAUAAUUAAACAUCACUCAUUGCUUUUCACUCUAUAAUUGUUAACAAAUUCAAUACAGUUGAACUGGUAUGUUUAUAAGCCUGAAUUUUCUUCUUACCAUAUCAUUCUAAUAUAAUUGAUGAAAAGUCAGAUUUUAAGCAUUAGCUCUUUGACAGUGUCAUUUUAUACCAUCUUUUCUUGACUAUUUUGUGCCUUUUCAAAAUGUUAUACUUGCUUAGUUGAUUCUGCUAGCUAGAUUGUACUGGUUAAUAAAUGAUUUUGUUUUGUUUUGAGUUUCUUGUUUGUUAUGGGUCUUAUGUUUGUGUUGCCUGCUGGUUAGGCAACAACUUGUUUAGGUUGUUUUAUGUUUAUGUAGGAAAAUUGGCACUAAGCGCUAGUGUGAACAUUUGUUUUUAUGAUUUAUAUGUCAUUUUUAGAAAUCUGUAUUGUAGCCUAUAUAGUUAACUGUGAAGUCACUCCUGGGCCUGUCUUUAAAUGCUUAUUAGAAGAGUCUAACAAAUAAAAUGAAUAGUGUGUCUGUCUCUCUCUCUAUCUUUUUGGAUAAUCAUAACCACGCAGUUACCAUAACCACACUGUUCUGCACUGAGUGACUUCUUAUUUUAAUUUGCCUAAAUCUGAACAAGAGGUGAUGGUUUGAGAUAAGAUUCCCAUUAGAAGCAGCAAUAUCCCAACCGAUAUAUAACUUGAGUUGAUGAACUCAGGAAAAAUCAGGAUUUUUAAAGUCAUAUUUGGAUAUUCUAAGACUUAGUGCCAAAUUUUAAAUGAAAAGAAAAUGUAUUCUUUUUAAUAAGGAACAAUAACAAGUUUCUAAAACUUUGAGUAGUGUAAUAGUAAAUAUUACUUGCUAUUAGUGAAUGAUGGAUAAUGUGAGAAUAAUUUUCUAUUCAAUUUCUAGGAACUAGGCAAUUUUAUAGAUCCUACUCUUUGCACAUUUCCCUUGCUAUAGUCCAUAGUGUUUUAGGGUGUUCCUUUAUUUCCUCUGAAUUUUUUUUUUUUUACCUAAAAUGCUUUCCUUCUAUCAUUAGCAUGCUUUCUGCUCUUUCUCUUUGAAAGUAGCAUUAGUAAGAUAGAAGUAGUAGGAUUAGAUUGUGUGGAGAAUGGGAGCAAGAAAGUUUUUGUAGAGAGAGAGUACUUACAUUUUGCUUACUCUUCAUGUUUCAACUUGCUGUGUAUUGAUCUUAAGUCUAUGACUUGAACAAUCCCCAAAUAAUUAAAAUUUAGUCUCUGCAGCCAUUUCUAUAAAGAGAAAUUAAGGAUUAUAUUCAGAGCAUAGAAGUUAUCAAAGAUGAACCUAACCUUUAUUUUUUUUCAAAGUAGGUUAAAAAAAUUCAGUAUUUGCAUUACUGUUGGGGAUUCAGAAGCGUGUUUUGAAUAAAGAGCAUGUGCACAUCUCAUUAUUAAGCCUCUGCUUGCUACCUGUGCUUGCAUUAAAGUUGGACAAUGUACACUGUGCUAUGAAGUAAUUAUAAAAAUUUUAUUCCUUUCAACAAUCACUCUUAUCCCUAUAGCUAAAACUGUAAUAACCGUUGAUGAGUGUGGCUGCCAAAAAAAAAAAAUUACAAAUCUGGAUAUUUAACUGCUCCAUGUUGUGUAAUAAAUGUUCUAAUUAAGGGGAUUUAUGAU